AUGUCUUCAGCCCCGCCGGGGCCGGCCCGGGUUCAAAUCCCAGCUCCACCCACCCUUCGCGUGGGACCUGCGGCCGACCCUCUCCGCAUCGCCCUCUUGGACGGGUGGACCGGCAAGGAAGAGGUGGCGAUAGCGGGCGGGCGUGAGGUCACCGCCGGGCUCGGGGUGCGGCCGCCCAGAGGCGCAGCCGAAGCUCCGCCUUCCAGGUUCCUCCUGCUCCGGCCCGGGGCUCUGUACCCCGGGCUCCUGCAGCUGAGUAAGAAGUAUGGCCCUGUGUUCACCGUGCACCUGGGGCCCUGGCGGCGCGUGGUGGUCCUGGUUGGGCACCAGACGGUGCGCGAGGCACUGGGAGACCAAGCCGAGGAGUUCAGCGGUCGAGGGACGUUGGCGACACUGGACCGGACCUUUGAUGGCCAUGGCGUUUUCUUCUCCAACGGGGAGCGGUGGAAGCAGCUGCGGAAAUUCACCAUGCUGGCCCUGCGCGACAUGGGCAUAGGGAAGCAAGAAGGCGAGGUGCUGAUCCGGGCCGAGGCCCAGUGUCUGGUGGAGGCCUUCCGGGAGAUGGAAGGACAGCCAUUUGACCCAUCUCUGCUGCUGGCCCAGGCCACCUCCAACGUCAUCUGCUCCCUGGUCUUCGGCGUCCGCUUCCCCUACACGGACAAGGAAUUCCAGGCCGUGGUCCGAGCUGCUAGUGGCAUGCUGCUGGAGAUAAGUUCCCCGUGGGGCCAGUGCCACGAGAUGUUCUCCUGGUUCCUGCAGCUGCUGCCGGGCUCCCAGGCCCAGCUCCUCAGCCACGUGGACACCCUGGCUGCCUUUACUGUCUGGCAGAUCCAGCAGCAUCGGGACAACCUGGACACCUCGGGGCCCGCUCGGGAUGUCGUCGAUGCCUUCCUGCUGAAGAUGGCCCAGCAGAAGCAGGACCCGAACACAGAGCUCACGGAGAAGAACUUCCUCAUGACGGUCCUUUACCUGCUGUUUACCGGGACGGUGUCCAUCAGCGCCACCAUCAGCUAUGGGCUCCUGCUCCUUCUAAAGCACCCUGAGGCCCAAGAGCGCGUGCGCGCGGAGCUGGCACGGGAGCUGGGCACUGGGCGGGCACCCAGCCUGGGGGACCGGGCCCGCCUCCCCUACACGGACGCUGUGCUGCACGAGGUGCAGCGGCUGCUGGCGCUGGUGCCCAUGGGCGUGCCCCGAACCCUCACGCAGACCACCCACUUCCGAGGGUAUACCCUGCCCCAGGGCACUGAGGUCUUCCCUCUCUUGGGCUCCGUCCUGCACGACCCCGAGGUCUUCGAGCAGCCUGAGGAGUUCAACCCAGGCCGCUUCCUGGACGCAGACGGACGCUUCAAGAAGCACGAGGCCUUCCUACCCUUCUCCUUAGGCAAGCGCGUCUGCCUCGGGGAGGCCCUGGUGAGGCCCGAGCUCUUUCUCUUCUUCACGGCCAUCCUGCAAGCCUUCUCCCUGGACAGCCCGUGCCCCCGCGACGCCCUCAGCCUGCAGCCCACCGUCAGUGGCUUUGCCAACAUCCCCCCUGCCUUCCAGCUGCUGGUCCAGUCCCGCUGACCCCACUGCCCUGGGGCGGGGACCAGAGGAAGGAGGAGAAAGCCCUGGAAGGAAGUGGACACCAGGGACUAAGGCCCCCCCAAUCAGGGCCUCCACAGUGACUGGGGGGUGGGGGCACCACUGGGCCUGAGGAACCCUGCCUCACACUGGGGAGACGAGAGGCCAGCCACACUCAGGCAACCGCCACUGUUUUGUUCAGACGCGCGCGGCACAUACCACGUGCCUGUCCCACGGCUCCCGCAGCCACAGAGACACGCCCCGGGCCACGCAGCAUUUUCGGAAUCACAGCUGUGUCCACAGCUCAGCAAGGACCAUGCCCACAACUGCCCUGGUGUAUCAAACCCGCUGGGGAUUGGGGGGCGGGGCCCACUGCCUCUGGGAGCCUGGAUCAUGUCACCGCAAAGAGACAGACCACCUCCGUCCCCAGCUCACUGCCCUUCAGGCACGUGUCUGAGCAGUAUUCCCACGGCCAUCUCUACUCAUACCCAUACCCGCAGCCUUGGCGCCACAUAGCAGGCACAGGGGUGCACACAGGACACUGCCACCAUGUCUCCUGGUAGGGAAUAAUACCCUCCCAUUUCACCCACCAGGCAGCACCAUCCCCAACCCCACACUCAAGGACACCCCUUUCCAAGCACCCCGCCCCCCCAUUCCCCCCUGCUUUCCUCAGCCCAUCCCCAAUAUGCAGAUGUUCACAGACCAAAGAAACUUCAAGGACACUAGGAACAAAGGGCUACUGCCCCCACUCCUGCUUCGGUAGCCACGUCCACAGCCUCCCCCUGCUGGCCACUCUGUCCCUCAUCCCACAGCCUGGUCACACACCCAAGGGACUCAGGACUUCGACUGAUUCAGUUAGGCCCCGGAGAGGGACUUUCCAGGCCAAGAAGGGGCCAAGAUCCCAACCGCCAGCCUGGGCAUGUCCUGGAAGAGGCUGGGUCUGGCCUCCCUCCCCUGGUGACUUCCAGGCCCCUGGUCAGCAAUAAAAGAUUGUUAUUCUUUCUGGCCCCCCUGGCAGGGCCUAAA